AGAGUUGCAGAAUUAAAAGGCACAAAGCAGACAGCAGCUGGUUCAUCUGCUAGCACAUCAUCUCAUCCUGUCAAGAGAAAAACCGUUGACACAGAAAACACGGAGUUAAAGAGAGUAAAAGGUACAGACGAAAAGCCACAUACAUCUACAUCUGGGCUACCAGCAGAUUUUUUUGAUGAAACGGAGCAAGAUAGUGUGAACAAACAGCUUUCAAAGGGUCCAGGUCCCAGUUUAUUGUCAGGAAAUUAUGAUGAUGAUGAUGAUGAAGAAGAAGAAGAAGAAGAGGAGGAACAAGAUGAAUCAAACAAAUCUUCUGUUACGCAUAAAACUGAAAUUCCACCUCCAACUCAAGAAGUAAUAGCUAAUUCUCUGCCUGCAGACUUCUUUGACAGCAAAACUACAGCUGCUCCUAUAGUUUCCCAUUCAGGAUCCAUACAGAAAGCAGAGAUACAAGAGAAGAUAGUGGAAAGGAAAGAAAACACUGCUGAAGCUUUGCCAGAAGGUUUCUUUGACGAUCCUGAAGUGGAUGCAAAAGUGCGUAAAGUUGAUGCUCCAAAGGAUCAGAUGGACAAAGAAUGGGAUGAAUUUCAAAAGGCAAUGCGACAGGUCAACACAAUUUCAGAAGCAAUAGUGGCAGAAGAGGAUGAAGAGGGACGACUAGAUCGUCAGAUUGGAGAAAUUGAUGAGCAGAUUGAAUGUUAUCGCCGUGUUGAGCUUUUGCGUAACCGCCAGGAUCUGAUGAAGGAGAAGUUAAAGGAAGCCAUGAGAUUAAAAGCAACUCAAGAGAAAGAGGAUGAGGCUAUUGGUAGCGAAGAUGAAGAAGAAUUGCAGGAUUUGCUGUCUCAAGACUGGCGGGUAAAAGGGGCUUUGUUGUAGCAUUUCUGCAACAUGGUUGAUAUUCUCUUUAUCCGUGAUGUUACUUCCGUUGUUAGAAGUGAGAUGCUUAUGUUAAAUAUUUAUUUAAAGAGGAUUGUGAGAUGGUAAAGAGCCAAGUGUAUUAAACAAAAAAAAUCUUUGUAGAUCUACAAUGGUGUAUUACUUGCUGUAAAAACUGUAUAUUGCAAAUGUUUUACAAUAUUGAAUGUACCUUUCCUAUUAAAAUUACUGGUUUCCUAC